UUUCGAGGCGGGGGACGAAGCGGAAUUGCUCCACCUGGCCUCCUGGGGAAGGAGGAUUAUUGAAUAAUAAAAUCCAUUUCUCAAAAAUGGAUGAAGAACCUGAAAGAACUAAAAGAUGGGAAGGAGGCUAUGAACGAACAUGGGAGAUCCUUAAAGAAGAUGAGUCUGGCUCACUUAAAGCUACAAUAGAAGACAUUCUAUUCAAGGCAAAGAGAAAAAGAGUGUUUGAGCACCAUGGACAAGUUCGACUUGGAAUGAUGCGCCACCUUUAUGUGGUAGUAGAUGGAUCAAGAACAAUGGAAGACCAAGAUUUAAAGCCCAAUAGACUGACAUGUACUUUAAAGUUGUUGGAAUACUUUGUAGAGGAAUAUUUCGAUCAAAAUCCAAUUAGUCAGAUUGGAAUAAUUGUAACUAAGAGUAAAAGAGCUGAAAAACUGACUGAACUCUCAGGAAACCCGAGGAAGCACAUAGCAUCCCUGAAGAAAGCUGUAGAUAUGACCUGCCAUGGGGAACCAUCUCUGUAUAAUUCUUUAAGCAUAGCUAUGCAAACUCUAAAGCACAUGCCUGGACACACAAGUAGAGAAGUCCUAAUCAUCUUUAGUAGCCUUACGACUUGUGAUCCAUCUAAUAUUUAUGACCUAAUCAAGACCCUAAAGGCAGCUAAAAUUAGAGUGUCUAUUAUCGGAUUGUCUGCAGAGGUUCGGGUGUGCACUGUACUUGCUCGUGAAACUGGUGGCACAUACCAUGUUAUUUUAGAUGAAAGCCAUUACAAAGAAUUGCUAACACAUUAUGUUAGUCCUCCACCUGCCAGCUCGAAUUCUGAAUGCUCACUUAUUCGUAUGGGAUUUCCUCAGCACACCAUUGCUUCUUUGUCUGAUCAAGAUGCAAAACCCUCUUUCAGCAUGGCGCAUUUGGAUAGCAAUUCUGAGCCAGGGCUUACAUUAGGAGGCUACUUCUGUCCACAGUGUCGGGCAAAGUACUGUGAGCUACCUGUUGAAUGUAAAGUCUGUGGUCUUACUUUGGUGUCAGCUCCCCAUUUGGCACGGUCUUACCAUCAUUUAUUUCCUUUGGAUGCUUUUCAAGAAAUUCCCCUAGAAGAACAUCAUGGAGAAAGGUUUUGUUAUGGAUGCCAGGGGGACUUGAAAGACCAACACGUCUAUGUUUGCAAUGCGUGCCAAAAUGUUUUCUGUGUGGACUGUGAUGUUUUUGUUCAUGAUUCUCUACACUGUUGUCCUGGCUGUAUUCAUAAGAUUCCAGGUCCUUCAGGUAUUUGAUUCCUGCAUGUAGUAGACAUGGCACAUGUUAAAAAAAAAGUUGGAACUGUAAACAAAAUGAUUCUUUAGAAG